AUGGACGACAAACCCGAUUUGAGAAAUCAGUUUCUCAAGCUUGCCCAAGGGAGGUUAAUACCCCUUGACAAUGAUCCCUUCUGGUGUGAGUUUUGGACUUCUCCGUCGGAUGCCUCUGAUAUCUACAAUCUACGGGAUUUGCAGAACAUUAGAGACCAAAACCUCCCCAAUUUUCUAACUCUUGUCCGUCGCUGCUGUGAGAAUAUCAUUCUGGAGGCACGAUCUGGCGUUUCUCAUAGGAAGGAGCUUCUCAAUAGCGUUCGCCUUCUAACGAAGCUACUACCUUUAGUCUAUGAACUUCCAUCUUACGUCAGUCGAAUAGAGGAGAACUUAUUCUGGAGAUCUCAGUACGACUUUGCAUUUCUCACACCUCGCAGAAGAAAAAAGCCUCUUCUAUUGAACCACGGUGUAGCUUCAGAUUCCUCCGGUUCUCUGCCAAAAUCGAUUCAGUUCGGUACCCUACUUAUUCUAUCUCUUGUAGAAUUACUUUUCACCGAUAAAUUGACCGUUGACGGGCCCAAUUGGCGUACUCUGGGCGAAUAUAUUCUCUGGCAAGCUGGCUUGGGUGGGAACAGUAAUGCUACCAAACUCAAUUAUAGAUAUGUCAGUAACCGCAGCGAGAUCCUUCGCCUUCUAUUGACGUUGUGCUCUUCGCCAAUGUAUGAAAAAGUGACUCAGGUAGUUUCGAGCGGGUCUCGAUUCUUGAAUGUGUUGCUGAGCGAUCUUCCAAAACCAGCGUGCUUGAGUUUGGUGUUCAGUUGUUUUAACUUCAUGGCUAGAAACUCCAAGCCACUCGCCAGCGGCGCUGAUGGUGACAAAGAAGUGCUCUCUGAGGCUCAGAUGACAUGCCUGAUGAUGGCUGGACAAUUGGUAGCCCUCAUGAUCUCAUACCCGGUCCCUUCGGAAACUGUCUCUGGUCGCUCGCAACGUGGCAUGAACAAAACCAAGCUAUUUUUUUCAAAACUCAAUACGCAACUGGAACUAAUGUUUCUUGUUUCCAAUCUCGUUGAUAUCAUGAGAACCCCUCUUGAGCCACACAAUUCUGAAAGCGGCGCAGUAUCCUAUUCUGAAUCGCCCUCUCCAGCUAUUCUUUCAAGCAUCGUCCUUCUAUGGGAGCUUUACCAAUGUAAUUCUUUUGUCCGUGGACUUCUAGCGAAACGUUAUCUCCAAAAGGCGAUCACUGCUUUGCUUUUUCAUGUGUACUCUUUCCAUGAUGUGGCACAACAUGCUCAUUCCUGUAAAGUUGCAACCUAUUUCCUAUUAGCAAUUAGUACCGACAAACCUCUCGUUGAAUUAUCUAUUUUCCAGAUGACUGAGGGCCUUCUCAAUCUGUUUCCCCCUGAGUUUCAAACACGAUCCCCGAUGUCUUUGCGAGAUUUUUUCAUUGUUUACUCUUGUCAAUUACUCAACGCUAUCACUCCUCAAUCUGGAGGUAAAAUAUCUCGCAUCCUGGAGAGUUUUAGGGAAUUCUUAUGGUUUAGUUUCACUGAGAUGUUGUACAAUAUUGUACCAGUUCUCAAUAGUGACAUCAAGGCAUCUUCAGAUGUGUCUUUAAGAUUGUCUAACAUCAAUCAUGAGGGAGGUAUCUGUUAUCAGGCUUGUCAAAGCCUCAAUAGCCUUGUAUCGCUCUUCUCUAAUAGGGAAUUUUUGAGGAGGUCCUCGAAGAAUGCAGAACUCCUUUCUCUUCUAAUUAGAGCAAUAACUGUUGCAUGCUGCAAGAACCCUCAGGCAUCAAGCUGUUUGCUCAUGGGGAUUCUUGAGAAUGAAAGCAUGUAUCAAUCUAUCUCAUCGGUUUUAAAGUUUUUUGAUGAUGAACAUCUUCGCAAUGAGAUUAGAGUUUUAGAAAGGCUUCAAGAAGAGGAAGAAUCUUCUGUCUCAAUGGACUCAGAUGUGGAACUUAUGGUUUCUGAUUCUGAACUUGAUACUGAUCAAGGUUCAAUAAUCUCUCCUGUCGAUUCAGCCGAAUCCCCGAUCGUAGGGUCUAGAAAUAACUCUGUCAUUAGCACAAACACCAUUCCAAACACUCAGCUGGCCGAAGAUGCUCUUUUAGAACUGGCCUUGCGCCCAAACUUUCCUUGUGGAAUGUCCCUGAAGGCGCAAGAGAAAUUACCUGUCGAUGCCACCCUUCGAAUGUCAUGGGGAGGAAAUGACGCGCUCCAGGUCAUUUGUGCCAUCAUUAUCCCUGGGUUAAAACAAAAGCUUGAUAGUUGCUGGUCCAACAGAGCUGAACUCAGGUUUGACAAAUACUACAUUUCAAAGCAGAUAGAGCUCUGCAAAUUUGACGAAGUACUCAAAGAGCACGAGCAUAUGAUUCCAUAUGAUGCUUUGCCGUUUACCCGUUCCGAUUGCUUGAAAAUUUCUUGGAACGACUUAUCGCUUGGCUGGUACACAUCUAUGUUGUAUUGGGAUAUCUACAACGCCUACGACCUAAUGAGAAUCAGUAUCAAGCAAGGAAUCUCAAUCAUGGGAAGCCUUUCAUCUUCUAUUUCAAUAUUAGGAAGAUUAGCUAGCUCGUGGGUCGGAAAUACGGGUCAGCCCAACAAUAAUCCUGAUGCUUUACUCCAAGAAUAUGUGAAACAAGGGCUUCUCCAAUCGAAUCCUUGGGCCAACACUCUGUUGAAACUCUACCAAAACCAUGCUGAGACUGGAAGCUUUGCUCCGUUCGGUAUCAAAUUUGGGGACAACUUCACGAACUCUUUAGUACGUAAAGUCUCGGGAUUACGCACGGGGAGCAGAACCAGUGUUGCAACAACAGGGCUAGAAGAAAUUUCUGAAAGGCCAAAAGCACUCAAGCGUGCAUCUGUCAGUUCCAUCCAUUCGCUCAAUUCGCUCAAUCGAGCCAGAUCGUACACCCCCCGGAAUUCUUUUAGCACAUGA